GUCACUGUGAGAAAACAAAAAAAAAAGGGUGAAAAAAUCAGUAAAACAGAGGCGAGCGCCGCCACACAGCGCCAGCCCGAUCCCCCCCAGCGAUUUCCAGUCCAGAACCGCCGGAUCGGGUCCAAUCCCAUCGACCUUUCUGCCGCCGCCACCACGGGGCUCCACGGAAUUGGCUUCGAUUCGGCCGGAGCUGGGCGAUGGGGCUCGGGGUAGCGGCGGUGGACUGGGACUGGGAGCGCGAGGCCUACCCGGCGUACGACGACUUCCUCGCGCUCCCCGUCUUCGUCCUCUUCUUCCCCACCCUCCGCUUCUUCCUCGACCGCUUCGUCUUUGAGAGGGUUGCAAGGAGGCUUAUACUUGGGAAUGGAUAUCAGAGAGCUGAUAGCGAAAUGGAAGAAACAAGGAAGAAAAUAAGAAAAUUCAAGGAAUCGGCUUGGAAAUGUGUUUAUUUCCUAUCUGGAGAGCUUUUGUCUUUGUCAGUCACAUAUAAUGAGCCUUGGUUCAGUAAUACCAAAUAUUUUUGGGUAGGACCUGGAGAACAGGUUUGGCCUGAUCAAAAGAUAAAAUUGAAACUUAAGGCUGUAUAUAUGUACGCUGCUGGAUUCUACACAUAUUCCAUAUUUGCACUAAUGUUUUGGGAAACAAGACGUUCAGACUUUGGCGUAUCAAUGUCACAUCAUGUUGCAACUGUUGUUCUGAUCAUUCUAUCUUAUGUGUUCAGAUUUGCUAGAGUUGGCUCUAUAGUAUUGGCAAUUCAUGAUGCAAGUGACGUAUUCCUGGAAGUAGGGAAGAUGUCCAAGUACAGCCAUUGUGAUUGGCUUGCCAAUGUUGCAUUUCUUCUUUUUGUUGUUUCAUGGGUUCUUCUCCGCCUCACAUAUUUUCCGUUCUGGAUUCUCAGAAGUACAAGCUAUGAAGUCUUAUUGACUUUGGAUAAAAAGAAGCACAAUUUUGACGGUCCUAUAUACUACUAUGUGUUCAAUUCUCUUCUAUUUUCACUACUUGUUCUUCACAUAUAUUGGUGGGUGUUAAUAUAUCGGAUGCUUGUGAGACAAAUCAUGACAAGAAAUGUUGGAGAUGAUGUUCGAUCUGACUCUGAAGAAGAAGACGACCAUGAAGACUGAUUGGCACCAUCCUGUUUUCUGUAUUGCAACGAUGCUAGGAGCAUGAACUCCAAUGCCCGAGCUUACGUAUUCUUUUCCUGGACUUCAAGAAUACGUGCAGAUUAUGGGAGGAUGAGCAUUGUUCCUCACGAAAUUCAUUAGAGCCGAGCUACGAUUUGUUCUGUCUCGGCCACCCAUUUACUGUAUUAUGUAUGCAUGAGAAGUCGCACUCCAAAAUCUUUUUCCUUCAGCUGAAGAUCAAAGACCAUAUUCUUUGACUGCUCACUCCGUAGAGACUUGAAGUGUACCAGUGACUAGUACCAAUGUGACAUUCCGGAAAAGACUAGCUUCCGUCGAUAAAUUAUGUAAAUUCUGUA